AUGGAAGAUUGGGUUGAUCAAGGACCACCGCGCAAGAGGAUGAGGAAGGGGACUAAGAGCUGCAUGGAGUGUCGGCGGCGCAAGAUCCGAUGCACAUUCCACCCAGAUCGCCCCGGGGUCUGCAAUGAAUGCCGAUCUAGAGGGACAAAGUGUAUCGACCAAGAACACACCGUCAUUACCCCUCCACUUUCAGGUUCGCAUUUGUUUCAAGGAGAGCAACCGUACAGCCUCCGGGAACGAGUUGCGCAUCUGGAACAUAUUGUGGAGGGCUUGACUAAACGAUUAGAUCAACGGAGCUCGCGUACUCCGUCUAGUGAGAGGCACGAGUCGAUCCAGCCGAUGAAAUGUCCGAGUAUGAAAGAAAAAUGUCCAUUGGAAACCACCGCGUCAGACGAAUUAGGCCCAUCGAGUGAUCAGAUCCGAAAUGCACCAGUCCUGCAACUUUUCGACAACUACCUGGUGAGCCGGCGCGAGGAUACGUCCGACAACGAUAAAUUCGCAGGUGUCAAGGACAUGUCACCCAAAGCGCACGCCGUGCGCGCGGAACUGCUGUCUAUGCUUCCUCCAACACCAGACGUGAAUAAGAUCAUCAAUGCCUCCUUCCACUGGUUUGUGUGGCAAGAUCAUUUUCCAGAGUUAUUCAACCGCGCUGAUAAGAGGCUUGUCGUUGGUGACCACUGCAACGAAACUCUUGUAGCGCCUGCUGAAGUAGCGAAGGCACUCAUGUGUCUUUGCAUCAGUGCGAUUCAUGCUCCGGAUGAGUUCAAUUUCCAGGCUUUGACUGAGCCAUUUGAUCCGCAAGCAUUCUAUGAUCGAUGUGUCACCUCGGUGGACCGUUUGAUUGUUCGCGACGAUGACUUUGCGGCUACAUUGCCAGGCAUUGAAUGCCAAAUGUUGCUUUCCAAGCUGCAUUUGACCGAAGGCCGGCUUCGAAAAGCUUGGCUGGUGAAUCGCCGAGCGAUUGAAUUUGCCCAUUUGGCUGGAAUGCACCUCUCAACCAAGGUCCCUAAACCGGAAGAUUCGCUAUAUGAACGGCGCCUAAAGAUUUGGUGUUCGCUGGGAACAUCAGACAGAUCACUGAGUCUCAUUCUCGGCUUGCCAUAUGGCGUCGCUGAGGGCUUCUUCUUACCGCAGGUCGAGCAACGUCUCAAUUCGAAAAUUGCAGCACCAGAGGCAUACUUGCUCCGCAUUGGUAUAAUAACAGGACACAUGGUUGAUAGAAUCCAAGAUCCAUCUAAUAUGUCGCUCGAAGCAACAAUCCGACUGGAUCAAGAAUUACAGGAUUCCUGGAAAGCCAUGCCAAAUCAUCUCCGCAGCGCAGAUCCUUCUCCAGGCGAAAGAAGGGAGCACUACCUUGAAAGGGUUCCACUGCAAUUCAUGCUUAAGCUACUUCGGGCUCUUCUCCAUCUUCCUCUGAUGCUGCAAUCCCCCCACAACCCUCAAUUCAGACCCUGUCAUAAAAUCGCCAUCGAUUCUGCACGAGAAGGCUUAUCGCUGUACAAGGUGCUCCGAUCAACGACCAAACCGUACUUGUGCAAAAUGAUGGACUUCAUGGCCUUCACCUUGUGCAUGCUUCUGAUUGUCCAUCUGCAUGGUUACUCCGACGAAUCACCAGACCACAACACAGAACAAGACGAGCAAGACUGGGGCUUAGUCGAAAAAGUUGUCGAAAUUCUUCGUCGAGCAGCAACAGAACCUGGAGGCUCAGUUGCUGUCGAGUCCGCAAACAUUCUAGGUGCCAUAUUUGAUACAAGAGGAAUUAAGCCAGACUGGAACAACAUGCAAACCUGCAAAAUCACCGUGCCCUACUUUGGUACUAUCACAGUGGGCGCAGGAACCAAAUUCUCUAAGGGUCCCGCCAAAAAUAAAGAUCAGGAAUCUAAUAUAUCAAACACAGCUGGAACAGAGGGUUCUUGUCCCGGACUGCAGUCCUGCGUGCCCUACACGCCGCCCAUUUCUGACCCAGAAGGUCCAUCAACUACCAGCACCGAGGCCUUGAAUGGAAACAACCUCACACCAUCCUUGGAGUCUGGGUAUCCAGAUGAAUCUUGGCUUCCAAGAGGGGAGCCACCCACGAACCCGUUUGUUGGCUUGGAAGUCAACGCUUUUAGUGGGCUGUUUGAUGAUUUUGGCCAAUACAUGUGGCCUAAUCCUGAUGUUGAUCUUGGACUUGAUCAGGGCUGGAACCUGAACUGGUACGAUGGAGUGCCGCCUCAAUAA